CCGGCCGCCGUGUUGCCUAGCAACCGGGCUUCAAGGACGCGUCUGACGGGCCUCCAGGCCUCUGGCUACCAAACCUCCGGGCUCUGUACCAGCUGCGUUCGCUUCCGACACCAUGUCGGUGCGGACGCUACCGCUGCUCUUCUUGAACCUGGGUGGGGAGAUGCUUUACAUCCUGGAUCAGCGGCUGCGAGCCCAGAACAUCCCGGGAGACAAGGCCCGAAAAGUUCUGAAUGACAUCAUCUCAACCAUGUUCAAUCGAAAGUUUAUGGAGGAAUUGUUCAAACCCCAAGAGCUCUACUCCAAAAAGGCCCUGAGGACAGUCUAUGACCGCCUGGCUCACGCCUCCAUCAUGAGACUAAACCAGGCCAGCAUGGAUAAGCUCUAUGACCUGAUGACAAUGGCUUUCAAAUAUCAAGUAUUGCUGUGUCCUCGUCCCAAGGAUGUGUUGCUGGUCACUUUCAAUCAUUUAGAUGCCAUCAAGGGAUUCAUCCAAGACUCCCCAACCCUCCUGCAUCAAGUGGAUGAGACUUUCCAGCAGCUGACUGAAAUAUACGGGGGCUUCUCUGCGGGGGAGUUCCAGCUGAUCCGGCAGACGCUCCUUAUCUUCUUCCAGGACCUGCAUAUCAGGGUGUCCAUAUUUCUAAAGGACAAAGUUCAGAAUUCCAACGGUCGCUUUGUGUUGCCAGUGUCUGGGCCUCUUCCCUGGGGAACCAAAGUUCCCGGACUCAUCAGGACGUUCAACAACAAAGGCGAAGAAGUGAGGAAGGUAGAAUUCAAGCACGGCGGGAGCUAUGUCGCUGCCCCCAAAGAAGGGUCUUUUGAACUCUAUGGAGACCGAGUCCUGAAACUGGGAACUAAUAUGUACAGUGUGAACCGGCCCGUGGAAACCCAUAUGUCUGGAGCAUCAGAGAACUUAGCUGCACAGACACAGGAAAGCAUUGCUCCAAACCCUCUUGCUAAAGAAGAGCUGAAUCUCUUGGCCAGGCUGAUAGGAGGCAUGGAGAUUAAGAAACCCAGUGGCCCUGAGCCAGGAUUCCGGUUGAAUCUCUUCACCACUGACGAAGAGGAAGAACAGGCAGCGCUAACCAGGCCAGAAGAGUUAUUCUAUGAAGUUAUCAACAUCCAAGCUACUCAGGACCAGCAGACGAACGAAGAGCUGGCUCGGAUCAUGGGGGAGUUUGAGAUCUUGGACCAGCCAAGGCGGAGUGCCAGCAAGGGCGAUGAUUUGCUUGCCAUGAUGGAUGAGUUACAGCUGUGCUGACCAGGCACGACCCUCCCCCUAUGGAGAGGCUUCUUGAUGAGGACCCUGGGGGACGUCCCCAGGGAGCCAAAUGAUGCUGCUAGUUUUCUACUAAGUGAAGCCCUUCCUUACCUCUUGUUCCUGUUUAUGUCCUAACGAACUGUGCGGGUCUCCCUCAGGGAGCACAGUCUCUGGAAGGCACACACACAUUCAUAUUUUCAGCAAAAUAUAUUCUGGCUUUUAAAUUGGA